UCGAGACUGAUUUUUAACAACUCGAUGCAAUUCAUUAUAUUUAUUUAUAUACCAAAUUUUUAAAAAGUAUCUCAAAUCUCACCUCAUGUUGUAAACAAUUUGACGCUGAAUUGUGUUGCUGUUUUAUGUGCCCAUAUUGAAUUGUAAUAUUUAUUAUAAUAGUGCGGUUGGAAUGAAGAAUCUUUGAGUCAUUAAUGUUUUGCUGGCAAUCUACUUCUAUCUUUUGUCAAAUCUUUACGACGAAAAUGUUAUGUUUCAGACAUAUAAGUAUACAUAUUAAUAUUAAAGGUACAGUAUGCAUUUACCCAUAACAAUCGGACGUUAAAAAUAUUUACGAAUACGUCAUAAAAUUUGUCGUUAAAGGCCUAAGCAUAUUUUGCAUAGGUACCUUUAUACAUUAUAUUCUAUUGAUACAUGCGAAUAUGCAAUAUUACUGUUUAACGUGACGUAGGUAAACUUGUAUUAUAUUAGAGAUUCGGACAACAGUUGUAAAAACUCGUCCACACGGUUGUUUAGUCGGUCAAUGGUGGCAGUUAAAAAUUAUAGAAAUAAGUAUUAUUCUUAAGGUCUCUUUUUUUGGACAUUGCGUCUUAUUCCUAUUUAUUUUAAUGUUUUUCAAAAAUUAAAUAAGUAUUGAAAAUCGAUACUUUCUACAUAACAUGUUGUUUUCAGUGACAUUCGUUUUGAUGUGGAUACAUUAAAGUGUUUUAUUAUUAUUAUUAUUUAUUUGAUUAACAUUUAGUCAGUGAUUAUAACAGCUUGGCAAUUAUUUUAGUUAAUAGUUAUACCAAAUUAUGACAAUAUAGAAAGAUAGAAAACAAAAACAUAAAUACAAUAUUAAAUAACGAAACCAGUUUCCAAUACGAAAUUAAUUAUAUUUUUGAUGACCGCUACAGAUUUAAUGUUGAGUAUAGAAAAGAGGUCGAGGGGAUGUUAGAAAAUGUCAGGUAACUGAACAAAAUUAUAUGCUUGUAAGUACUUAAAAGAGGGACAGAUUAAGAAUGUAUGAGAAAGAUCGCGAUGCUUUCAGUUAAGUGUAGUGUAAGUACAAGGAGAAGAGUCAUAUAAACCAAGUUCAUAAGUGUGAUUGGAUAGAAUCCCACUGUGCACAAUGUGUUUCAUAACGUUUUGGGGACGUUAUUAUAGUGUUUCAUGAUUAACGUUGCUUUGUAACAUAAGCGCGAUAUCACCGGUUUGUUUUUGUGUGCUAUACAAAUUUAUAAACAAUGAAGUACCACAUGUAACGUACCAUAGAUGUUUUUGUGUGCUGUUUAUAGUUCCGAAAAAUCUGGUAUACAUGGAACGUCCCGGCAGCGUUAUCGAAGGGCUCUUGUUAUAAUUAGACGUAGCGCGGCGAUAUUGUUUCCCAAUUUUUGGGUAAUACCCCGAUACCCGUAUACAUGGUCCAUAAUAAACCGUAUAUCCAUAUUUUAUAUUUAUAUAAUGUUGUUAUUUAUGUUAUCAUACACUAACUCAACAAUAUAAGUAAUCGACAAUAAUAUAAUCGUCAAGAUUUUCAUUAUGUCCUGUACGUCUGACUAGUUUGUUUGUCUUAUGCUACAACACGCAUACGGCACUUUUUAGUAUUUUAUACUAUUUUAUACUGUUUCAAUUCAACAACCGCAUCGAGCCAUCGAAAUUCAUAUUUUAUUAUGGCCGAUAAUAAAAGAAAGGUUUCUCCAAAGUGGGUGGUUGUCUUAUUCCCUGAUUACAGGGAAUAUAGUGUAGUACCAAUAAAUUGGCUAACUCUAACUGAUCCUCAGUUUUGCUACUGGCCACCUGGCAAAGUGGAUAGUGAUGUCCUACAAAUGGCAGAAGAGCCUGAUUAUACAUGGACUAAGUACAAGGUUAAAGUCCAUGGUGGGAACAAAACUUUUGAUAAUUUUAGAAAAGCAUGGUACCAACAGGUCGAAAUUGAAAAAUCCACAACAGAGACUGAAAUUGAAGAAUAUGAAGCCUCAAAGCCCAAAAGAAUUAAAAAGGUGUCUGCUAUGAAAAAUAAAUCUCUAUUUGAUAAUAUAUCAGAUCAAAGCAAUGAUUCGGAUGGUAAUUAUUUUGAAGUAAUGGCUUCAUCUACAAAUUAUCCAUUACCUGUACCUGUACCAGUUACACCGGAAGGUGCAAUAGCUUCAACAAGUUAUUCACAAACAGUUGGUGUAGAAUUAAGGCAAGAAGAUUACACAGAGUUGAUGCCAACAACAUCAAAUCAAACUAAAAAUGUGUGCUCAACGUCAGACAUUUCACUCCAGCCAAGAAAAUUAAAUGAUACAUUCAAUGAGAUUAAUCUUCAACAAGAUAAUGAUCCAACCAUAAAAAUGAUGUUGAAUAGAAUUUUGAUAAAAAUAGCAAAUAUAGAAAAUAUUUUAUCUAAAAACACCGAAGAUAAAUCUGCAUUAUUAGAUGAACCAUUUUUAUCCAAAUUUCCAAUAACUAACCCUGAAGGAUUGUUAUUAGUUGAAUCUUGUAUAUUGAACGAACAUAGCUUUGACUCAAAACUGAAGUUUUUUAUUCGAUCAAUUGGUGGUAGGGAUGGCAAGGAACAUAUAGUUAGAUCAUUGUCUAAAAUGUUAACAAAUGAAUAUGCAGGAAAAUGUACCAUGAUUGGUCGUGGAAAGAAUAUUAUCACUAAAAUGGGAGAUACUGAAUUAAUCAAAAUAUUAACAAAAGUUGUUAAAGAAAAUUCUAAAAACAAUAUAACCAAUUCAGAUAUAGAAGUAGAAAUUGCUGAAUGGUUGAGACGUGCUAACACAAGACUUCAUAGGGAAAAACAAAAUUAAUAACUUCUAAUACAUAACUAUAUUUUUAUUUAGUUUUUUACAAAAGACUGUAAAAUAAGUAAUAUUUUAACUGAUUGGUUUAAACUUUAAAGGAUACAUUAUUUUUUGUUUUUGUUUAGAUUGUACAUAAAAUACAUUAGUAUAAACCUAAAUUUUUGCUUGCAUUUAAUAUAUUAAUAUUAUCAAUGUUGUUUGUUUAAAUGAUAUUGUACUCGAUCCUAUUGUAAUUGUUAAAGAGAUUAUAAACAUAACACCUUCGCCUUAUUUUUGUCUUGCUGAUAGAUUAUUUGAAAAAAUUUUCAUAAAAGAAUUGAAAGUAACUAUUAAUAUUAAUAAUAAACGGGACAAAUAUAUUAUGUUAAAGAACAGCGAUUUUGUGAUUGUUAACAAUAUUAUUAAGCCACAACAUGAAUUAGGCUUCAAGUUAAUUGUACAAAAAUUUUUGGAUUCUUCCUCUCUUUUUACUGAGCCAAUUGUAUCUUCAAUUAUUGGCUUACAUACAGUAAAUCCUAUUGUUUUAUCAAAAAACUUCACAGUUGAUAUUUCUGAUAUAAAAUAUAAAUGCUUUUUUAUUUAUUUAUCAAAUGAUAAAGCUAUA